AUUUUUUAAUCAGUCUUUAAAUAUCAGAUUCCAUGUGUUCUGGACAUGAGCAUCACAAAUGGAAGGUGACUGAUGUAUAUAUGUUUUAUGGGUAGUUGGUGCAAGCAACAUCAAGAUUUUAGGUUAACAUCUGACUGUAUAAGGGCAAAUGUGUAUUUUAUGUGCUGUAAAUAGUCAUAAUUUCUUUAUUUUUUUCGCCUUUUCAGUGAAUUUAUGAAGUUGUAUAAAUUAACAAAAUGUCCAUGUCAACUACACUUAUGCAUUAUAAAGAAAAAUAUAGCAUGUUGUUUAAAAUGUAAAUAGGUGAUAGGAUGUGACAUGGAUGCCAUAUGAAAAGGAACAAUUUGUCUAUGCCAUUAAAUAUAAAUAAAUGUCAUCCAAUAAAUCCAUUGUGAUGUAACUAAGUAGCCUUAUGAAUUUCAUUCACACCGUUUUGUGUACGUGACCCAAAUAGCCUAUAUGUCAUGCGAUGUCCAUUCCAUCAACGUCCAUGACCAAAGCCUGAUCGAUUGUGUUCCAUCUGUGUUCUCCCCCCGUUUUUUCACUGACCUCAAUGAGGAGUCAUUACAUUAGAAUCAGAUGGGUAUUGGGUGACAGAAAACCCUGGCAGCAUUAGACCUGUUUCAAUCAGCUGCUCGAGCCUGGUGAAGAAACAUCUGCUUGUCAAAGGAUGCACUUUUGAAUAUAUUUCUUUAGAAGAUCAUUCAUUCUUCAGAUUACUGGAACUUUCAAAACAAAUUUUAAACAGACCCCAAAAAGCUACAAGGAUCACAUGCCCAAAUCAGAGCUAAAAAAUCAUUUUCAGAAAUUGCAAGGGAGGCAUCAACAGAGUAACGAAGCUAAAUACUGAUAGUGUUGCAAGUGUAUGAGAUGGAAAGAUACUUCACACCUGUGCGUGGCUCCUCAGAGGAUGAGGUGAAAAUUUACAAACAUUACCAUCCCAUACCUCAACAGCAUCCUCACAACCAUCAUUAUCACCACCAUGGAUCACACAGUCAAAGCUCUUCAAGCACAAAAUCACUUGGAAAACACAGUGAUAAACAUACUCACCAUCCCCACGACAACCAACAUCACUUUUAUCAUCCCGCAAACCCUAAAAUGUCUGGAGACCAUCACAGCUUCUCUAAAAGGUCUUCUUCCAGCCUGUCCUCCUCCUCCUCCUCUUCUUCAUCUGCAUCUUGGACAUCAGAGCCCAGCCUGGAUGAUGAGACGUAUCUCAUGCACAAACCCCAGCAUUCCCUGUCCUGCUCCAACAUCCCUGAGGUUCGAAGGAAAAGCCAUAACAGAGAAUCCGAGGACUUUGAUUUUGAUCACAGAGAUCAGAGGCACCGCCACAGCCUUGAAAAUGUCGUUGAACUGCUGCCUGGUUCUCAGCAUGAACAUCGGAUGCCAAAACUCUCCCGGGGCCAUAGCAAAAGCGAGGAAGGCCUUCAACAAAACAAGCACAAACAUGAUUACUCAGAAGCAUCUCACUCCAUUGAUCAUGGGCCACUUUACAAGACUGCAAGCCUGGGACAAAGCCUAGCCUUUGGUGGCAAUAAUGACAACACUCUAGGUGGCAGGGUGGUUCCCAAGAAGGCUGUUUCAUCUAUUCAGCUGCCCAGCAAAGGUAUUCUGAAAAACAACUAUGAGGGACAGAAAGAAGGAAACUUCAGGAAAGCAAAGUCUAUGGAGGUGCUCUCCACCAGGGUGCACGUCACAGGAACAUCCAAGCAGAUCUCAAUGGAAGCUGCGAGGGAUAACUUUGUGAAAGGGAAGCUACAGUUCUCUGCAUUUCUGGACGAGAUCACCAAGCAGAUUAUCAGUCCCUGUGCUCUUAGCUCUUUUGGUGUAAACACAUCAACGCCACCAAAAUCUCCCAAUGAAGAGCGCAAGAACCGCAGUGGCAAGCAGGAGAGCUUUGUGCCAUCACCAAAACAGCAGCCCAUCAGAACUGAGAGACCUGAUUCAGGAAAAAACAAUUCAAGCUCACUUUCUCGAUCACAUAAGAGACCGAGCAAGUACCACAACCGAAACCUGACCAGUCCUCCACCGCCGCCCCGCCACUCUUCUAAAGCUGAAAGACAAGGGGCUGCUUCAGGUAAACAGCACCACAGGCAAUAUUCUCAGAUGCUCACUGAUGGUACCAGCACCAGCCCAGAAACUAUCCACACCAACCUCUCGAAACACAAAGGGCGACAUCAAAGUAGUCAUGGCCCCUCCAGACACUUUCAUACUAAGCAGGAGAAGGGAUCACCACCACUUUUGCGAGCCGCAGGGCUGGAGUCAGAGUCUCAGUCGAGUAAAUCAUCCACCAGUGCUAGUUCAGAGAAAAGUGACAGACCCAAACACAUGGGACACAGAAGGCAGUCCAAACCACAAAGGGAUUCAUCUGGUUCCGUGGACAGAGUUCAGAUGCUGGAGGAGUACAACAAAGAGCUACAUGAGAACCUGUUGCAGACGGUGGCAUGCAUUGAGAACAUGGAGGCAGAAUUGCAGUGUACCAAGACAGAGUUAGUCAGCUUCAAAGAGAAAUACAGAAGGCUUCAGGAAAGCUAUUCUGUUUCUCAGCAGGCAAACAGUGUCUUGGAGCAGAAACUCAAAUCUGCGGUAGACAGCUUGGACUCAGAGAGGAAGUUCCUCAUGCAGAGAGUCGCAGAUCUGACUAAACAGCUGGAUUCUGCUCAGAAGACCAUCAGCUCUUUAGAAAACAUCAAUGUUCCCUCAUUCAUUAGAGAGUUGUUGAAAAAUCACUUUGACUCUCAGGGAGCACUGGAGCACUUCUUAUGUCCUCGAACAUCUCCACAGCAACCUGAUUUUGACCAAUCAGAGAGGGCACAGGAGGUCACAAACAACCAACCAUCUGGUGGAAAAGAGGAUGUUUUUGAAUGGCCACAGACUGGACACACAUGUUCAGGUGCCAGACAACAGCCUGCCACAGCCUUUCUGCCAUGGAAACAUGAUCAUGUUCCAUGGGCAGGGCCAGGGCAACUCAUGGCUAAAGGAAGUGACUCACAACUUCCUUUUUCUUUUGGUGAUGAUGUGCCAAUCCACAAAACAAAGGCAGGUACAAAGGCCCCAAGUCAUCAAGUGCAUCAAUUAGCCAUGAACACAGAUAUCUACUUAAUUCCCCCAAACCCAUAUAAUUUAGAUGAGAUGAGGUUCAGCAGAAAGACAGGUGGAGAGGGAACCAUCACUGUGGGGAAAGAGCCCACUGAUGUCAGCUGUCUUGCAGCUCAUAGGAUGCUGAAUGAGUUUUUAAACCAGAUUCCUCCUCCAGUGCAUGAUGGUGAAGGGAAAGCUAGUUUAGAAGCAGAACUAACAGAGAGAAAGCAGUAACAUUUAAUUUGACAUCUUUUUGGUAAACUGAACUGGAUAAAAACCUCAAUAACAUCUCCCAUUACCAAUACUGCAGCAAGGAUGCAACUAACUGUGACUCUGAUGGCUCUUUGUUGGUAGUUGUGACACUUCAUUUCUACCUUCACAAGUUGCUGUAUGCAUAUAAGUUUGUAUAUACCAUCUGGUUUUGUGCUAUAUCCAUUUAAACUUUUAGUUUUCUGGUCUCCUGUUUUCAUUUGUAGUUCAGUGCAUUUGCAAAAGGCAUCCUCCAUGUUAGUGUUUUUGUACAUGUUUGCACUUUUUGCCCUGCAUAUUGUGAAAUAUUUAAGGUUAGCAAUAAAAUAAUAUAAUUCAAUAUUCAUAUUAUUUUAUUGCUUACCAAAAUUACUGUCAAUUUGUUUUGGAAAAGUAUGGCACUUUCUUCUGUCUUUGAGUGCUUCUGUCUUUUGAGUGAAGUUUGAAUUCUUGAUUUUGUGAAAUCUAUAUGUGUAACUACACUCUAAAAAAUGCUGGGUUAAAUAUAACCCAGUGCUGG